AUGGAAAACGUGCAAGGGAAAAUGAGUAAUGUUCAAGAACAAGUUUCAAAUGCUAUGGAACGUAUGGGGGAAGCAGCACAGAGUGUUGGACAAAAAGUUUCUGAUUUCUUUCAAGGAAAUCCUUUUGACACUCCUGUUGGAAGGAAAAUAGAACUUGCAACAGAUGCAACAAGACUUGCUACAGAAAAUUGGGGGUUAAAUAUGGAAAUUUGUGAUUUUAUAAAUUCAACGAAUGAAGGACCUAGAGAUGCUGUUAAAGCUAUUAAAAAGAGACUACAAACACAAAUGGGAAAGAAUAACGCAACUGUAAUGUAUACUUUAACUGUUUUGGAGACUUGUGUUAAAAAUUGUGAUGAGCGUUUUACGACUUUGGUUUGCCAUAAAGAAUUUGUUGCUGAUAUGAUUCGAUUAAUUAGUGUUAAAUAUGAUGCACCCCAAAUUGUGCAGGAACGUGUUUUGGCGCUUGUACAGUCAUGGGCUGAUGCUUUUCGUGACAAUCCUAAUUUUUCUGGUGUUGUUGAAAUGUAUGAUGAGCUAAAAAGUAAGGGAGUGGAAUUUCCUGCAACAAAUUUGGAUUCAAUGGCGCCAAUUAUAACUCCAAAACAGACAGUAUUUGUUCCAUCUUCCCAAACAGCCCCUCCACAACAACAACAAUUCCCUAAUUACCCAAUUUCUUCCUCUACUAAUUCCUCUCAGCCAACACUUCAAUUAUUAGUACAAGAUCAAAUGGCAAAAUUACGUUCAGAAUUGGAUUUAGUUCAUGUUAAUAUGACUGUACUUCGUGAAUUAAUUGCACAAAUGAAACCUGGAAAUAAUGGAAAAGAACCUCCAGAAGAUUUUUAUUUUAUUAAUGAAUUAUAUUCAACAUGUAAAGAAAUGCAAAAACGAGUACUUGAAUUAAUUCCAGUUGUUGCAAAUGAAGAAAAAUAUGAGCGUUGUAUGGCUAAUUUUAAUGCUAAUGGUAUUGACCUUACAAUGGUUGAAAGUGGAAGUAAAAUAAAUAUUAAUAAUGAAGAAAAAUUAAAAGAAAGUGGAGGAGGGGGAAAUGAUUUGAUUGAUUUUGGUGAUGGAAAAGGAAAAAAUGAAAAAAUUGGUAUUGAUGCCGACCAAAUUGAGGGUGUUGGAAUUAGAACAAUUGCUUUUAAUAAACUAGAUGGACAAAUUGGACAGGAAGGAAACAAAAAAGAAGAAGAAAAUGUUAAAAAGCCUGUGGAUGAUGGACUUUAA